AGGAUAAGAAAUGUGCUCAACUAGACAUAUUUUCCGACAGUCAGGUGGAAAUGUACUUGUUUAUCCCUGGUAAUGUUUUCUCAGUGUAUUUACUGUAAAAGCUAUUAUUAUUAUUAAGUUAGGGUGAACUUAACUUUCAGCUGGACAUUGGGAAUACUUGAGAGAUCACUGAAAAGAGCAUUUUGGUUGAAAGGUCAUUUCAAUGAAUUCUGUGUAAAGAAAAAAAUGUAGAUUGUUUCUGCUUUUUCAGUGAGUUUAUGUCUGCAAAUACUCAGUGCAUUGUUAUUUUUUCCCCUUCAUUUCUUCGCCUUUAUUAACACAUUUAUUCAUAAUGACAGAAAUAAGCAUAUAGAAAUGCACAGCGCUUUGGUCCGCCAGGCGAAAGUAUACUCUGCACAAUUAAAAAAAAAAAAAAAAAAAAAAAAUAGAACAAGAACUUGAAACUGUCCUUGUGUCAGUGGGUGGUUGGGUUGAAUAAUGAUUUGCAUGAAAUUAUUAAUGGUUUCAUUUUAUUAUUAUUAUUAUUAUUAUUAUUUUGAACGAGCGCUCCAGAGUGACGUCAUCCUCUCACCUGCUGCUGGGAGAGUGGUCACCAUGGUAACUGUUGCGGUCUUGCCAGUGUUUCAUGUAACGUUAAAGAUUAGUUAAGCAGCUUGCUAUAACUAAUCUUGACCGCAUAUUUAUAUUUCUUAAAACACAAAAAAUGGACGCUGACUUAUUAAAAGAAUCAGUUCUGUCGUAUUUAGAUAGAAGUGGUGGCCUUCUGAAACUCGCUGAAGACUGCAAACCUUUCAACGACCCUCAACAGUCUGAGGCAGUCUACAGGUUUUGUAUCAGUGUGAAUCCCCUUGAUGUGAUGGAGCUGGAUCCUCUGCUAGGUGACUGUGUUCUGCAUGAUCCACUGAAAGCAACAGCCCUGUUUCAGUCUGUUUGCUUCCUAGCAAUAAAGACACUUUCGCUCAUUGAAAAAAUACACACAGAAAGUCAGGUGAAUAUAAUUCUAAAAUUGACACACCUGCCUCCAUUUCCUGAGUACACAUUGGAUCUAUGUGCUUUCAAUCGUGGGUAUCGGCCCAUGAGGCCUGUUGCCAUGGAGGGUCUGGUCAUUGCCAUGACAAGAGUCACAAAAUACACCCAGGGGGCCAGGUUCCUGUGCACUGAAGAUGACUGCCCCGGCUCUACAGGAUUCCGCCACAUCCGGGUUCAUGCACCUGGAGCCACUGAGUCAGCUACUGUGAGAAAUGACUUCAGCUGCAUGAUCUGCAGUUCUCCCCUUAAAGAGGAUGUCAAGUUCAGAGUGCUGGGAGACAAACAGCUGGUGGAGUUGAUCCAUGUGAAAGCUCUGGGUAACCUGAGUGCUCAUCCACAAAGCUCACUCAGAUACCAAUCUGUCACCGUGUUUCUCAGAGAUGAGCUGUGUAACUCGAUGAGAAUCGGUCAGCUCUACAGGGUGUUGGGCAUUCCUGCGCAUGUGCACCAGUGGCCCAACAUCACCUGGAGUGUAGAGGCAAACAGUGUCCAACCAUGGGAGCCAGUGUGUAAGGAAGUACAUUAUAAGAAAUUCGAAGCCCUGUUGAAGGCCACAGGCUGCUCUCCCUGGAGGUUCUCUGCUAUGGUGGCUUACUCCUUUGCGUCAGCUGUGAUUCCUCCAGGCCUGUUCAACACCCUGAAACUUUGCUUGUUGCUCAGUUUGGUGCAGACCAGAGCGGAUGCAACAGAUACAUUUUACAGCCUGGAUCUGCUCGUCCUGACAACUGACACUCUCAUACUAGACAGACUAAUGGCGUACAGCUUGAACUUGGCAUGUCGUGGGGUCAAGCAUCAGGCUUUGAGGGAGUUAUUUGCAUCUCUGUCCCGGGACAAUCAUGGAGCUGGCACUGCUAACAUCCACGCUGGCUCUGCCUUGCUGGCCACUGGGGGUAUUUGUAUGCUGGGAGAUCUGGGCAGCUAUAGAAGAGACAGGUUGGAUGCAAUUCAGUCAGUUUUAGAGAGCCGCACAGUGUCUGUGUUCAUCCCAGGGAAGAAAUAUGGUGAGGAUGCUGACCAGCAGCUUUCCUUCCCAGUCCAGUGCAGCUUCUGGGCCCUGACAGACUCCUCCAACUCCUGCCAGCGGUCUGGCAGGGCAGACUGUGUCAUACUGGGAACAGCGGAAAUGGGUGCAGUGCCAGCUAAACUGGCAGAGGUCUUUGGCCUGAUCAUUCAGUGUCGGGAGAUGGGAGAACAGGCUGUGCUCGCCCAGACUGUCCACACCCUCCAGCAGGCAGUUCACCCUGGUGAACCCCUCUACCCAUCCUGCAUGGAGUUUUCCACACAAGACUACCAGGAACUCUUAGCCCAUGCUCGGAGUUUGCAAGUGGAGCUGAGUCCUGGGGCAGAAAAGAUGAUCCACGGCUACUACAUGGCAAGCCGUAGGGUCCGGUCAGACCAGAACCAGGGUGUCAAGGUGUCUGUAGCCUCCAUCAAAUUGCUGCUCUCUCUGGCAGAGGCUCACUGCAAACUGUGUCUAAGGACCAGAGUACAGGAGGAAGAUGCUGUGAUUGCUGUGCUGCUUUGUGAAAACUCUAUCACCCUCAAGCACGGGGCGUCUGCUCUCAUUAUUCCACCUGAAGCAGUGUUUCCCUGUGACCUGGGUGAUCUGGAUGGCUUGCACAGGAGAGACCUGACCUUGGAGCAGCUCCGACAGAACAUCCUGCGCUUCAUCUACGCCUACGCACCCGGGGCAGACACAUACAUCACAGAGGAGUAAGACAUCUACAGGGUUCAAAAACCCAGCGUUCGAGUCAAAUGAGCAAUAUACGUGGUGGCCAAUAUCAACACGUCGAGUUUAGACAGCUUGGUGUCCGGCGGCACCGAUGGCAGAGUCCUUUGUAGCUCCAGGAAAGCGUGUCUCAGAGUUUGCACUCGGCUCCUCUCCCGCGCUGCAUUGGCCGCUGCCGGCCGUCCUCUGCUGCCCAGCCCGCUGG